AUGCCAGAAAAUUCGCCCGCUCAUCAACCACCUCAAGCAUCAAAAUCAAACAAACCCACCUCUCCCCCGGAUACCCACCCAGUCGACGUCCCCCCCAACGGCGGCUACGGCUGGAUCUGCGUCGCCGCCGUCGCAACGAUAAACGGCCACACCUGGGGCUUAAACUCCGCCUACGCCGUCUUCCUCGCGCACUACCUCUCUACCUCCACUUUCCCAGGCGCCACACCGCUCCAAUACGCCUUCAUCGGCGGGCUAUCCAUCUCCCAAGCCCUCAUCGUCUCACCCGUAGCCACAUACACAACCCGGCGCUUCGGCACCCGAACCACGCUCUUCAUCGGCGUAUUCUUCGAAACCGUGUCCUUCAUCGGCGCGUCCUUCGCGUCGUCCAUAUGGCACCUUUUCCUGUCCCAAGGCGUGUGUUUUGGAUGGGGCAUGGGGUUUCUGGAUCGGAAUAAGGAGGUGGGGAGUAGGCAGGUCAGCUUCGACUACACUCUCUUCAAAAAGCCACAGUUCGUCGGUCUCCUCGCAUUCGGAGUAUUGAGCAUGCUCGGCUACAUAGUCCUCCUCUUCAGUCUACCCAGCUACGCCCGCACAAUCGGGCUAACCGCCAACCAAGGCAGCAUCAUCGGCGCCGUCUUCAACCUGGGCCAAGCCCUCGGCCGGCCCCCCAUAGGCUACUUCUCCGACUCCAUAGGCAGGUUGAACAUGGCUGGCAGCAUGACAUUCCUCGUCGGCGUCUUCUGCCUGCUUAUCUGGAUCUUCGCGAAGAGCUUUGGUGUUCUGGUUUUCUUUAGUCUGCUGGGUGGAUGUGUGGCCGGCACGUUUUGGGCGACGGCGGCGCCGGUUACGACCGAGGUUAUGGGGUUGAGGGAUUUGCCGAGUGCGUUGAGUAUUACUUGGUUGGUGCUUGUGUUGCCUACUACUUUCUCCGAACCCAUCGGCCUCGAGAUCGUCGCGUUCAACGGAGGGAGCUACACCGGUGCCAUCCUCUUCACGGGGUGGAUGUACAUCGGCGCUGCGGUUUGUUUGUGGAUGGUGAGGACGUGGAAGAUUGGCGAGGAUGAAGAGAAUGCUGCGGCGGCUGCGAAGGGGGGCGUUGAUCCCACAGUGGCUGAGGCGGAGAGCUUUCAACGGAGUCCGUUUGUGAAGAGGAUGUUUAUGAUUCGGAAAGUUUGA